AUGGCCCCCAAAAGCAAGGGCACGAAGGUAAACCUCCGCGACCUCCAGCGCGAGCUCCAGCCAACUUCUCUUCUUCCCGAUGCCCCCAGACCGGCUGAGGAAAGAGAGGAAGAGAAGGAGAAGAAAUGGAGCCGCUUCGACAGAGAAGGCGGCUCGGGGCGCUGGGCGGAUAGAGAAGACGCAGACAGCGACGGCGACUGGAGGCGAGAUGCGAGGCCUCCGAAGAAAGAAGAAGUAGAAGUUGACUUCAGAGGGGCGCGAGGCGCCAAGUUCCAGCCGGGGCCCCCAGAAGAAGAGAUCUCCUUCGCCAACAUCCGAAGGGGGCCCCCCCAGGGGGCCCCCGGGGGGGCCCCCGGGGGGGCCCCCGGGGGCCCCCGGCGGGAAGAAGAGGAGGUUGACUUCUCCACAGUGAGGAGCCAGCCCCGCCGGGGGGCCCCCCAGGGGGGCCCCCAGGGGGGCCCCCUGGGGAGGGUACGGAGCCCGCAGGUUGAGGAGGAUGUGGACUUCAGCCUGGCGCGCAGCGGGCCGCGGGAGGGCCUCAGCAGCAGCAGCAGCAGCAGCAGCAGCAGCAGCAGCAGCAGCUUCGCGCGCGACCGCAGCAAAAGAAACCCCAACGAACCAGUGGACUUCUCAGCAGCAAGAAAUGGCCCUUUGAGGAGACCCAAAGAUUCCCCCGAGGUUUCCUUCAGCGGCCUUCGCAGCAGAGAAAAGCCAGGACCCAAGACGGAGCCAGGCAAGGACAAGGAAAGGUCCCGAGGCUUCAAAGAGGUGUUUGCUGCUGUUGUUUCUGGGGAACUCCAGCCCCAGGCUCGCCGCGAGAGCCCAGCAGCAGAGCCAGCAGCAGCCGCAGCAGCAGCAACAGCAGCAGCAGCAGCAGCAGCAGCUCCUCCCACGCCAGCCCCAGCAGCAGAAGGAGCCUCGCGCCUUAGCAGCAGCAGCACCUCUGCGCCGCAGAGCCAGAAUAGCACAGCAGCACCUGCUGCUGAAGCGCCGCAGCAGCAGCAGCAAGAGCAGCAGCAGCAGCAAGAGCAGCAGCAGCGAGAGCAGCAGCAGCAAGAGCAGCAGCAGCAGCAAGAACAGCAGAAGCAGCAGCAGCAGCAACAGCAGCAGCAGCAAGAAGCCGCUAAGCCCGCAGCAGCAGACAAGCAGCAAUCUGCUGCUUCAACGGCCUCCCCAAGCAGCGACGGCUCUUCAGUAGAAGGGCCUGUGGCUGCCCGGCAGCCAGCAGCAGCAGCAGCAACAGCAGCAGCAGCAGCAGCAGCAGCAGCAGAGCCUUCUGCUGAGAAGUUCGUGCCGCGGUGGAAGCGGCAAGCAGCAGCAGAAGCAACAGAAGCCCCGAAACCAGCAGCAGCAAAAGAAGAGCCAGUUGUGCUGCAGCCAAUUCGGCUUGCUUCCUUAAGAGGGGGGGGAGCAGCAUCUGCUGCUGCUGCCACGGGCAGCAGCAGCAGCAGCAGCAGCAGCAGCAGCAGCAGCAGCAGGUACGUCCCCCCCUGCCGCCGCGGAGAUGGCGCGGGCGCCAAGGAGCAGCAGCAAGGCAGCAGCAGCACAGUGGUGAGCCGUUUGCUGAGCUCUGCUGCAGCUGCACGGGAGGCGGAAGCAGCAGCAGCAGCAGCAGCAGCAGCACAGAAGAAGCAGGAGGAUCUGGCAGCAGCAAGGAAGCAGCAGCUGGAGCUGAAGCGGCAGCAGCAAGAAGCCGAACUGGCCAGAGUGCAGCAGGCCUUCCGCUGCAGCAGCCCCGAGGCUUUGCAUGCGUUUGUGGCCAAGCUGCAGCAGCUGCUGCAGCAGCAGCAGCAGCAGCAGCAGCUGCAGCCGGAAGAAGUGCUGUCAGUGCUGCCGGAAGCAGACAAGGGCUCGCUUGCUGCUGCUGUUUGCUGCGUUGCUGCUGCUGCUAAGGCUGGGCUGGCAGCAGCAGACAGCAGCAGCAACAGCUUCUGCUGCAGCGCGAAGCCUCUUGUCCCCGUGCUGCAGCAGCUGCUGCAGCAGGCAAGAGCAGCAAUCCAGGGGACUCCGGGCCCCUCUGUGCUGCUGCUGCGGCAGCUAGCCAGGCUCAUCAACGCCAUAGGCUGCCCCCGACUGGCAGAGGACUGCUCAUUGGCAGAGGCGGUUUUCGAUUGGCUGCUGCUGGAGAAGAUUGUUCCCCAGAGCGACUUCGUGGCGUGGCUGGAGGAUGUGGAGGACGUUACGCCUGGCCGCACUGCGGUGAUGUUCCAGCUGGCCUCGUGGGGCCUCUGGGUGAGGGGAGAGUUGGGAGCCAGAGAGGAAAGCAGCGAGUCUGAGGAAGACAAAGAUGACGAAGACAUCGAAGCCCUCAUUCCGAAAAGAGGAGUUGUGCGGAUAAGCCGGAGGCUGCGAUGA